AUGGAGGCCUCAUCAGAGUUCGUAGCCACCAAGUCGCAGGUCUACGAGCAGUACAUCACCAUCACCGAUCGUCACGGACAAGACAGCCAGUUUCCUCUGUGGUAUGUCGACACCUUGAUCAAGGAUGCGGUCGUUCAUGGCAUUAUCCCGGCCGUCCAAUUCGGCGCCUGCCUGAUUCUCUUCCUUGUCCUGAUGCUCCUCUCCAAACACGACAAGCGACGCUCGCCAGUGUUCCUCUUCAACACAGCCGCCCUGUUCUUCAAUAUCAUCCUCGCCAUAUUGCAAUGCUGCGUCGUAACGAGCAGCUUCUGGGACAUCUAUCCUGUUCUGGUAGGCGAUUAUGGCGUGGCGACUCCAGCAGCUUAUCGCUUGACUGCCGCGGUCUCUGUCUUUCUCACGCUCGUCUCCAUCUGCAUCGAAGUUUCUCUGGUACUUCAGGUUCAUGUGGUCAGUGUGACGCUGAAGACAUGGCAAAAGAUGUCCAUCUUGGCCAUCUCCGCGUUCGUCGCCGUUGUCGCCAUGGGAUUUCGCAUCGCCCAGUCGGCCAUUUCAGUCAAGUGCAUCUUCCAUCCAGACGAAUUCUGCAGCAGCACGACUUGGCUAGCCAAAGCAAAAGACAUCACAUUGACCAUCAGCAUUUGCUUCUUCAGCGCCAUAUUCUGCACCAAGCUGGGGUGGUCGCUUCGUGAACGCCGCAAGCUGGGAAUGAAGCAGUUUGGCAGCAUGCAGAUCAUCUUCAUUGGCGGUUUCCAGACAAUGAUUAUUCCAGCAAUAUUUUCGCUUAUCCAGUUCAUCAAUGCCGAAAACAUCCCCAACAUCGGGUCCAACAUCUUGACUGCCACGUGCAUCUCGCUGCCUUUGACAUCUCUCUGGGCGUCCUCUCACGCCGCUUCUCCUUCCAAAGCCGCCCGAGGGCACGACUUCCACCGCAAAUUCCUCGUAGAUUCCAGCACGGCCGACUCGACCCUCCGCAAGCCAAGUGACACACCUCAAUGGUCGCCCUCACAGCUCACGUCCAAGUCAACACCAAGAGACAGACUGGGUGUUCUGAACAGCGUCGACAGCAGAUCCGACGCAAGCAGUUGGGGAAAACUCAGUCCAGGUCCGAGACAGACGGUCAGCGUGAGAGACGUUGACCGGGAUUUGGAGAUGCAACAAUUGAAGGAGAGGGAUUGA